AGCUCUCCACUGACUUAUUCAGCCAGAGAACAACUUUCACUUUACACAUCAAGAUCAUUUAGGAUCCACCACAACGUACAACAUGCCCCAAAACAGGAAAAUCCCUAAAGAGGCCAGAGAUCGGAACAGGGACCGCUCAAGUGUGCUCUCAUUUUCUGCCGUUCAGAACCUGUGGAGGAAACGAUGUCAGCAAGACGACAGCCAGACCUCACUUGACCAAACCAACGACAUGACGGCCACACAGCUGGCCUACGACCACAAGUGUGAUCUUCACAAGCAAAUCAAGUCACACAGAGACCAGGUGACACAGAAACCGACCGCUGAGGAGGACGCCUGUCGCCAGACGCCUGAACAGGUAGAGAAGGAGAGCAAACUGAUUAUCCAGGAAGAACUGGACCGAGUCAGAGCUUCAUGCCAAGAAGACAAACAAAGGUAUGAGGCUGAAGUCCUCACAGUGACGCAGCGGGCUGACGACCUACAGCUACACCUUGACACCAAAAUCAAGUCUCUUGCAGACAACAAGGAGAUUCUCCAAGAAGAGUUGGAGAGAAUCAGAGCUUUAUACCAAGAGGACAAACAAAGGUAUGAGGCUGACUUUAUGGGAGUGACGCAGCUGGUUAAAGACCUUCAGCGUCAGCUUGACACAGAAAUCAAGUCUUGUACAGAGAGAGAGUCACAAGACAAGAUCUUACUGCAAGACCUGAAGGCUGAGCAGGGAGCCCUCAGUCAGAAGAUGUUUGAGGUGGGGAAGAACAAGGAGAUUCUCAAGGAAGAACUGGACAGGAUCAGAGCCUCAUGCCAAGAGGACAAACAAAGCUAUGAAGCUGAAGUCCUCACAGUGAGGCAGAGGUCUGACGACCUUCAGCUUCAGCUUGACACAGAAAUCAAGUCUUGUACAGACAGAGAGUCACAUCACCAGCUCUUGCUGCAAAAGUUGAGGGCUGAGGUCCUGGAGGAGAGGAAGAACAAGGAGAUUCUCCAAGAAGAACUGGACAGAGUCAGAGCCUCAUACCAAGAGGACAAACAAAGGUAUGAGGCUGACUUUCUCACAGUGACGCAGCUGGUUAGAGACCUUCAGCGUCAGCUUGACACAGAAAUCAAGUCUUGUACAGAGAGAGAGUCACAAGACAAGAUCUUACUGCAAGACCUGAGGGCUGAGCAGGGAGCCCUCAGUCAGAAGAUGUUUGAGGAGGGGAAGAACAAGGAGAUUCUCAAGGAAGAACUGGACAGGAUCAGAGCCUCAUGCCAAGAGGACAAACAAAGCUAUGAAGCUGAAGUCCUCACAGUGAGGCAGAGGUCUGACGACCUUCAGCUUCAGCUUGACACAGAAAUCAAGUCUUGUACAGACAGAGAGUCACAUCACCAGCUCUUGCUGCAAAAGUUGAGGGCUGAGGUCCUGGAGGAGAGGAAGAACAAGGAGAUUCUCCAAGAAGAACUGGACAGAGUCAGAGCCUCAUACCAAGAGGACAAACAAAGGUAUGAGGCUGACUUUCUCACAGUGACGCAGCUGGUUAGAGACCUUCAGCGUCAGCUUGACACAGAAAUCAAGUCUUGUACAGAGAGAGAGUCACAAGACAAGAUCUUACUGCAAGACUUGAGGGCUGAGCAGGGAGCCCUCAGUCAGAAGAUGUUUGAGGAGGGGAAGAACAAGGAGAUUCUCAAGGAAGAACUGGACAGGAUCAGAGCCUCAUGCCAAGAGGACAAACAAAGCUAUGAAGCUGAAGUCCUCACAGUGAGGCAGAGGUCUGACGACCUUCAGCUUCAGCUUGACACAGAAAUCAAGUCUUGUACAGACAGAGAGUCACAUCACCAGCUCUUGCUGCAAAAGUUGAGGGCUGAGGUCCUGGAGGAGAGGAAGAACAAGGAGAUUCUCCAAGAAGAACUGGACAGAGUCAGAGCCUCAUACCAAGAGGACAAACAAAGGUAUGAGGCUGACUUUCUCACAGUGACGCAGCUGGUUAGAGACCUUCAGCGUCAGCUUGACACAGAAAUCAAGUCUUGUACAGAGAGAGAGUCACAAGACAAGAUCUUACUGCAAGACCUGAGGGCUGAGCAGGGAGCCCUCAGUCAGAAGAUGUUUGAGGAGGGGAAGAACAAGGAGAUUCUCAAGGAAGAACUGGACAGGAUCAGAGCCUCAUGCCAAGAGGACAAACAAAGCUAUGAAGCUGAAGUCCUCACAGUGAGGCAGAGGUCUGACGACCUUCAGCUUCAGCUUGACACAGAAAUCAAGUCUUGUACAGACAGAGAGUCACAUCACCAGGUCUUGCUGCAAAAGUUGAGGGCUGAGGUCCUGGAGGAGAGGAAGAACAAGGAGAUUCUCCAAGAAGAACUGGACAGAGUCAGAGCCUCAUACCAAGAGGACAAACAAAGGUAUGAGGCUGACUUUCUCACAGUGACGCAGCUGGUUAGAGACCUUCAGCGUCAGCUUGACACAGAAAUCAAGUCUUGUACAGAGAGAGAGUCACAAGACAAGAUCUUACUGCAAGACCUGAGGGCUGAGCAGGGAGCCCUCAGUCAGAAGAUGUUUGAGGAGGGGAAGAACAAGGAGAUUCUCCAGGAAGUCCUGGACAGGAUCAGAGCCUCAUGCCAAGAGGACAAACAAAAGUACGAAGCUGAAGUCCUCACAGUGACGCAGCGGUCUGAUGACCUUCAGCUUCAGCUUGACACAGAAAUCAAGUCUCACACAAAUAGAGAGUCACAACACCAGCUCUUGCUGCAGAAGCUGAGGUCUGAGCAAGAUGCUGAGCUCCAGGAGGAGAGGAAGAACAAGGCGAUUUUACAAGAAGAACUGGACAGAGCCUCAUACCAAGAGGACAAACAAAGGUACGAAGCUGAAGUCCUCACAGUGGCACGGCGGCUUGAUGACUUUCUGCGUCAGCUUAUCACAGAAAUCAAGUCUAUCACUGACACUGCGUCACAAGACAAGAUCUUACUGCAGAAAAUGAAGGCUGAGCAGGAAGCCCUCAGUCAAAAGAUGGUGGAGGAGAGAAAGAACAAGGAGGUUCUCCAAGAAGAGCUGGAGAGAAUCAGAGCGUCAUGCCAAGAGGACAAACAAAGGUAUGAAACUGAAGUCCUCACUGUCACAAAGCUGGUUGAGGACCUUCAGUUUCAGCUUGACACAGAAAUCAAGUCUGGCAGAGACAGAGAGUCACAAGACAAGAUCUUGCUGCAAGACCUGAGGGCUGAGCAAGAUGCUCAGCUCCUGGAGGAGAGAAAGAACAAGGAGAUUCUCCAAGAAGAACUGGACAGAGUCAGAGCCUCAUACCAAGAGGACAAACAAAGGUAUGAAGCUGAAGUCCUCAUAGUGGCACAGCGGCUUGACAACCUUCUUCAUCAGCUUGACACAAAAAUCAAUUUUUGCACAGAGAGAGAGUCACAUCACCAGGUCUUGCUGCAAAAGCUGAUGGCUGAGCUCCUGGAGGAGAGAAAGAACAAGGAGAUUCUCCAAGAAGAACUGGACAGGGUCAGAGCCUCAUACCAAGACGACAAACAAAGGUAUGAAGCUGAAGUCCUCACAGUGACGCAGCGGGCUGACGACCUUCAGUUUCAGCUUAACACUAAAAUCAAGUCUCUCGCUCACAACAAGGAGAUUCUCCAAGAAGAGUUGGACAGAGUCAGAGCUUUAUACCAAGAGGACAAACAAAAUUAUGAAGCUGAAGUCUUCACAGUGACGCAGCAGUCUGACGACCUUCAGCUUGACACCGAAAUCCAGUCUCUCACUGACACUGCGUCACAAGAUCAGCUCUUACUGCAGAAAAUGAAGGCUGAGCAGGAAGCCCUCAGUCAAAAGAUGGUGGAUGAGAGAAAGAAGAAGAAGAUUCUCCAAGAAGAGCUGGAAAGAAUCAGAGCUUCAUACCAAGAGGACAAACAAAGGUAUGAGGCUGACUUUCUCACAGUGAGGCAGCUGGUUAAAGACCUUCAGCGUCAGCUUGACAACAAAAUCAAGUCUUGCACAGAGAGAGAGUCACAAGACAAGAUCUUGUUGCAAGACCUGAGCACUGAGCAGGACGCUGAGCUCCAGGAGGAGAUGAAGAACAAAGAGAUUGUUCAAGAAGAGAUGGAGAGAAUCAAAGCUUCAUACCAAGAAGAAAAACAAAGGUAUGAAGCUGACUUUCUCACAGUGUCGCAGUUGGCUGACGACCUUCAGCUUCAGCUUGACACCAAAAUCAAGUCUAUCACUGACACUGCGUCACAAGACAAGAUCUUACUGCAGAACAUGAAGGCUGAGCAGGAAGCCCUCAGUCAAAAGAUGGUGGAUGAGCUCCAGGUGGAGAGGAAGAACAAAGAGAUUCUCCAGGAAGAACUGGACAGAGUCAAAGCUUCAUGCCAAGAGGACAAACAAAGGUAUGACGCUGAAGUCCUCACAGUGACGCAGCUGAUUAAAGACCUUCAGCAUCAGCUUGACACAGAAAUCAAGUCUCGUUCAGACAGAGAGUCACAAGACAAGAUCUUACUGCAAGAACUGAGGGCUGAGCAGGACGCUGAGCUCCAGGAGGAGAGGAAGAACAAGGAGAUUCUCCAAGAAGAGCUGGAGACAAUCCAAGCUUCAUACGCUGACUUUCUCACAGUGACGCAGCGGGCUGACGACCUUCAGCUUCAGCUUGACACCAAAAUCAAGUCUCUCGCUGACACUGCAUCACAAGACCAGUUCCUACUGCAGAAAAUGAAGGCUGAGCAGGAAGUCCUUAAUCAAAAGAUGGUGGAUGAGCUCCAGGUGGAGAGGAAGAACAAAGAAAUUCUCCAGGAAGAACUGGAGAGAGUCAGUGCUUCAUGCCAAGAGGACAGACAAAGGUAUGACGCUGAAGUCCUCACAGUGAUGCUGCUGAUUAAAGACAUUCAGCUUCAGCUUGAAACAGAAAUCAAGUCUCGUUCAGACAGAGAGUCACAAGACAAGAUCUUACUGCAAGAACUGAGGGCUGAGCAGGACGCUGAGCUCCAGGAGGAGAGGAAGAACAAGGAGAUUCUCCAAGAAGAACUGGACAGAGUCAGAGCCUCAUACCAAGACGACAAACAAAUAUGAAGCUUACAUGGUCCUUGUGAGGCGGUGGGCUGACUCCCUCAUGAAGGAUCUCCCUGAUCCCAAACCGGUGGAGACUGAGGUGCCUGAGGAGUUGCCAGCAAAGAAGAAGGCCUAAAACUUGAAGAGAGUCCGACACUAUCUAAGACUCAACAGGGUGAUGGCGAAGGAUCGAUUCCAGGUAAUGAGUCCCCAUGAAUCUGAACAUUGUCUCCUGAGGUGGUUUUGGUUUUUCUCCCUUUACAAAAAUUUAAUAAAUGCAUUCAAUUUUGAA